UCAAUCCAAACUGCAACCAAGUUUUCUAUGUAAUGGAGCACUACGAACAAAAUUUCAAACAAUGGUUGCAAGAGAAUUAUCUCUCUGAUCAACAAGGCAAAAAUCUGAAUCCAGAAUUUCUUCAAAUUCUUAGGUAAUAUAUAUUUGAUUUCUAUUGUCUUCAUCAAAACCAAUUUUUAGAUUGUCACUCUUUUCUUGGCUAUGUGAUAGGGAUGUUUUAAGGGGCAUUGGUUAUCUCCAUCGUGUGAAAAAUAGAUGUCAUGGCAAGUUAAGUGAGACAAAUAUUGUGAUCGUGAAUGGUCGGGCCAAGAUUACAGGAUGAUUAUUCAGAUUAUAAGCACUUGGCGACCAUUGUUCAAAGAUCCUUCAAAACCGAGCAACAUGACAUUCCAACAGAACUUAAGUUGUUUCUUACCUACAUCUCAAAGACAGAACCCAGCCAGUAUGCAAGUAAACUUUACACACACACGCACAUUAAUAUUUAUUGUAAAAUAUCUCACUUAAGCUUCUUUUUAUUCUUGUCCAGGUUGCUCAAUAUUGAAAAUCAUCCAAUUUUUCUAUCCCCUUUACAAAGAUUGAGCUACAGGGUGAUUGCUCAUACUUUCUUGUAUUUUGGAAAGUCGAAAAGGUCCUUUGCGUUGGCACUAAAUAAAAACCUUGGUAAAUGUGAAUGGAAGCUCAAUGUCAGAACUACUGGUACAUUUGUUAUGGUGCUUGAUCGUUAUAAUCACCUGGGAAAUUUGUCAGAAAAACAAAGGAAAAUCGUUGAAUAUAAAGAGUCUGCCAUAUCUUUUAUGAGGUUUUGCAGAAAUGUUGUGGCGCACCUUAAGGACGAUAAUGUUAAACGAGAUCCAGGGCGGCGUAAGAAAUUGACUGUGAAAGAAGUCGAGGAAGAGCUUAAUGGAUACUGGCCUGAGUUCAUGCCCAUUUUGCAUGAAAUCCUUCUUGAACAUGGCCACCUUAUGGUUGCACACGAUGCGGUUCUCAAGUGAAACCAUUGGGCUGUCUCGCACAAAAGGAUAUGAUACAGAAUACAGUUACCGGGGAUGCAAAUCUUAACAUAUCAAUCAGCCAUUGUGAAAAAAAUACAGUUACCGACCGGGGGGAUGCAGUACUUGUAGAAUAUUGCUAACAUAUAAUUUGAUAAAAAAUAUAUAUAUAUAUAUAUGUGUGUGUAAAUAUAUUCAUUAAAAAAAUCCAAAAAAGAGAAUUUGUAUAAAAGAUGCAAGGCAUCACUAAGGUGAGUGAUCCAGUGAUAAAGACUUACUCCAGUAUAUAAGGUUUGAAUGAGGUUAAUGUCUUGAGUUUGAAUCCUCUAAUUUUAGUCACAAUGCGCCCUCCAACGACCCUAUAGAAUUUGUUUAGUAACAAGUUGUUAUAUAUAUAUUCUUAUAAAGAGUAAUGUUACUGUCACAAACUAUUUUAUAAUAUAUUUUACAAAAUGUUAAUGUGGCUAAUCUCUUAUUAGUUUUUAUCUAGGCCCACUAUUAAUAUCACUUUUUUAUUUACCA